AUGGCCCGCCACAUCACCCUAACCCAAUCCUACGGCGAGCGCUCCGAACAAGGCAACCUCACGCCCCUCGCCGCCUACCUGCUCCAACUGAUCCACACAAAACGCACCAACCUCUGCGUCUCCGCCGAUGUCACGACGACCAGCGAGCUCUUGAAGAUUGCAGAGGAGGUGGGAGAUCACAUAUGCAUCUUGAAGACACAUGCGGAUAUUAUCACGGAUUUUGGAGAGAGGACGAUCAGGGGCCUGAAUGAUGUGGCCCGGAGGAAGCAUUUUGUCGUGUUUGAGGAUAGGAAGUUUGGGGAUAUUGGGAAUACGGUGCAGCAGCAGUAUGUGGGAGGACCGUUGCAGAUCGUGAGGUGGGCACCAAUCGUCAAUUGCCACAUCUUCCCAGGUCCAGCCGUAAUCACAGCUCUUUCACAAGCAGCACAGAAGGCCAUCGCGUCAUACAACACAUCAGUCUCUACGGAAAUUCGAGCGUCUCCGGCAACGUCAGUAGCAGACGGAGCAGAAGAAGAAGAGAGCAGCGAAGAAGAGAGCGAGGACGAGGAGGACAGCGAUUACGACCACAACAUCAGAAAGCAGUCUGUGGUAUCUGUCAGCACGACCAUCAGCAUGAAGAGUGAAGCACUCAGCCCAGCACCAGGAUCGAGGCCUUCGAUUUCGAGAGUGACCUCGGAUGACGGCGAGAUUGACGAUCCAGCAGCUCUGGCAGCACUCGGUCCACCGCCUUACUAUCGAUCCCUACUCAUUCUGGCUCAGAUGUCGUCCGCCAACAACUUCUUCACACCAGAGUACACAGCCGCCUGCUUGAAGCACGCACGCGAGAACUUCGAGUUUGUCAUGGGCUUCAUCGCCCAAAAAGGCAUGAACGAGAAGCCGGAAGACAACUUCAUUACCAUGACACCAGGCGUACAACUUCAAGCUGGUGGCGACGGCCUAGGCCAACAGUACAACACUCCCCAGAAAGUCAUUGGUGAAGCGGGUAGUGAUAUUAUCAUCGUGGGACGCGGCAUUAUUGCUGCAGCGGAUCGCAAGGCAGCUGCUCUCGAGUAUCGCAAACAGGGAUGGGAGGCGUAUCGCGAGAGGACACGGGCCGCCAGACAGCAGAGGCGAUAG